GCGGAGCAGCGUACCCACACGCAGUACCAGGGUCCUUUUGGUUGGAAGCGUCUGUGAGCCCUCACAGAAGGGCACCUCUGCGCUCGACUUCCCUUCCCUCCUCUGCUCCCUCAGUUGGAUGGAGGCGAUGGCAGCUGGUGCUUCCUUGCCUGACCCCGGCGACUUCGACCGGCACGUGCCCCGGAUCUGCGGUGUGUGCGGAGACCGAGCCACCGGCUUCCAUUUCAACGCUAUGACCUGUGAAGGCUGCAAAGGUUUCUUCAGACGGAGCAUGAAGCGGAAGGCACUGUUCACCUGUCCCUUCAACGGACACUGCCGCAUCACCAAGGACAACCGCCGCCACUGCCAGGCCUGCCGGCUCAAGCGCUGUGUGGACAUCGGCAUGAUGAAGGAGUUCAUCCUGACUGACGAAGAGGUGCAGCGGAAGCGGGAGAUGAUCCUCAAGAAGAAGGAAGAGGAGGCCUUAAAGGACAGCCUGCGGCCGAAGCUGUCCGACGAGCAGCAGCGCAUCAUCACCAUCCUGCUGGACGCCCACCACAAGACCUAUGACCCCACCUACGCCGACUUCAGCCAGUUCCGGCCUCCGGUUCGAGAGAGGGAGAAUGAAGGGAACCAUCCCUCAGGGCCUUGGUUCAUACACACGCCCAGCUUCUCUGGAAACUCAUCCUCCGCCUGCUCAGAUCACUACACCUCCUCUCCAGAUACGAUGGAGCCAACCGGCUUCUCCAACCUGGAUCUGAGUGAGGAAGACUCUGAUGACUCUUCUGUGACCCUGGACCUGUCCCAGCUCUCCAUGCUGCCGCACCUGGCUGACCUGGUCAGUUACAGUAUCCAAAAGGUCAUUGGCUUUGCCAAGAUGAUCCCAGGGUUCAGAGACCUCACCCCUGAGGACCAGAUCGUGCUGCUGAAGUCGAGUGCCAUUGAGGUCAUCAUGCUGCGUUCCAACCAGUCCUUCACCAUGGACGACAUGUCCUGGACCUGCAGCAGUCCGGACUACAAGUACCAAGUCAGUGAUGUAACCAAAGCCGGACACAGCCUGGAACUGAUCGAGCCCCUCAUCAAGUUCCAGGUGGGGCUGAAGAAGCUGGACUUGCAUGAGGAGGAACACGUGCUGCUCAUGGCCAUCUGCAUUGUCUCCCCAGACCGUCCCGGGGUGCAGGACGCUGCACUGGUCGAGGCCAUCCAGGACCGCCUGUCCAACACGCUGCAGACCUACAUCCGCUGCUGCCACCCACCCCCAGGCAGCCACCUGCUCUACGCCAAGAUGAUCCAGAAGCUAGCGGACCUGCGUAGCCUGAACGAGGAACACUCCAAGCAGUACCGCUGCCUCUCCUUCCAGCCCGAGUGCAGCAUGAAGCUGACGCCCCUCGUGCUCGAGGUGUUUGGCAGCGAGAUCUCCUGAGUAGGGCAGCCUUCCCUGGCGCCUGGGCGGGGCCGCCUCUCUGGGGCCGGAGGCUGCCCAGCUCUCCCCACUCCUUCGGGAGUUCAGCCCCUCCUCUCCCACUUCCCCUCCCCGCCCAGCCCAUCCUCCCUGCUGCC